AUGGACGAGCCCACUCGUCCUUACCAUGUCAGGAGACGCAUAAGGCGAGCUUCGCAACCAGCCGAACUAUCACAAGCACCAGUGCGCUUCCGAUAUGACCCUCGCGACGCUCCUGGUGAAGGUUUCAGCAGCGCAACAGCCACCGCCACAGACUCGGGUUCGUCCGAUGACGACUGGGAUCCAUCACUCUUCCGUCAGCACCAUCAGCCAUUGACAUCGCUCGAGUACCUCGACCUUCCCGCAUCGUUGCCGUAUUCGAUCGUCUCGCUGCGAGCCCAGCUCUUGUCGUAUCUUACCGAGCUCGAAGUCAGAGCACGUUCCUUCUAUUCCGAGCGCAUUUCCGGGUCAGCGUCGACAUCGGCAAUUGACGAUGACUCUCAGGCAUCAGCCGUCGCAAGCACAUCUGCGACAAGGAUCGAUGAGCAAGACUCUGAUGUAAAGGCAGCCUGGAUCGACAGUCAUUCGGCCGCCUUCUUUCAGCAACUCGAGGCCAUGCGGGAAGAUCUGAGACGCCUUGUCGCGCUUCUGCCCAGCUAUCCAGCCUCGGCAUCGUCGGCGCUCGCUUCUCGAUCACAGUCACUUGCGCACGACUGGGAACGACUCUCAUCCAGCUUUGCUCUACCCAUCAGUCUCGGCAAUGGGUUGAGGGAGCGAUUGCCACGCCUUCCUUCCUCCACCGACGCGGCACGUCUCAGAGCCGAACUCCCUGCGCUGCCCGCCAUGCCUUCCUUGCCUCAAUUUGAUCUCGACUUUGCAUCAGUACUCGAGCCCUUAUCGACACAAUUGCCAUCACAGGCCUAUGCACUGGCUGCCAAGAUGCAAGCAAGGCUCGAGUCUAUCCAGGAGUCGGUACGCAACAUGGCCUGGCGUGACGCUCUGCAGAAUGCUGCAGAAGACGGCAACAGCGCCAGUUUGGCGCAACGUUUCGAGGCCAAGUUCUCUGACCUUUCGGCACGCUCCCGGUCGCGCGCUAACAGCAUUGCGUCUCGUGCCGGUCACGCUGUCCACGAAGCAGAGGAGAAGCUGUACCAGAUCGCCAAGGAUCUCGCACGCAAUGGCCAGGAGCUUAUCCACUACGAGCAUCUGCCCGCCUUCUUCCGCAACAACGAGCACAUUCUUUCCGGCUAUCGCUUCAUCCCUGUUGAAAACUGGCAAGCGUUGCUUCGCAGCACUUUCCAGAUCCACAACGAGACGGGCAAUAUUCACACCCAUCUGUGGGGUCUGGCAGCUAUCGUGCCGCUAUUUUGGCCUAGCAAAGGCCUCGAUGACCAGACGACACCGAUGGAUAGGCUGGUACAGACCGUGUACCUGCUUGCUGCUGCCAAGUGUCUCACGCUCUCGGUGUCGUGGCACGUCAUGGCAGGAUGCUCGGAUCGCAAGUGGUUCGAGCGAUUCGCGUGCGUCGACUACACUGGCAUCGCCUGGCUCGUAGCCGCUUCGAUCUGGACCACAGUGUACAACUGCUUCUACUGCCAACCCAACUUGGCGCUCUUCUACUCGUUCACCACGCUUGUUGUCGGACUCGCCGGCGCCAUACUUCCGUGGGCAGAGUGGUUCAACAAGCGCGAGAACAAGAUGUUGCGCAUCGCCGUCUUCCUGACCAUGUGCGCUACGGCCUUGGCUCCGUUCACACAUGCGGCUUUCGAGCACGGUCUGGGCAAGACGAUGGUUUUCUUCAGCCCCAUCUUCCCGUCGUUGGCGUUCUACAUCGGCGGUCUGGUAUUCUACGCGACGCAGUUUCCCGAGAGUUGGGCGCCUGGCCGGUUCGACACAUGGGGUCACUCGCAUCAGCUCUGGCACAUUGGAAUCGUCUUGGCCAUCGUGUUCCACUAUCGCGCUGCGCUCGUGUUCCACGCCAACCGCUUCGAGUUCAGCUGCGCUGUUCCGGGCGCCAACACGCCUGCGGGCGUGGCGGCGUCGGAUCCGUCAUCGGCAGCGACAUCUCUGUUGCAGCAAGCGUUGAACUUGCUGGCCUGGACAAGGCCUUGGAGCGCAACAGGCAAAGCGGCGACCAAGGUGACGCAGCCGAUCGACUCGAUGUUCGCCAAAGUCGGAGGAAUGGAGGGCAUCAUCGGCCUGGCUCGCGCCGACAAUCAGAUCUUGCAGUGGAGGAGGUUGCUGGGCAAGAUUGGAAACGGCGCAGUUGGACGUGGAUGGGAUGCGCUCGUCGACUGGGCUCAGAACUUUUGGUGA